AUGAUCUUCUGGCAAUUUCAUGGAGUGGCCCAGACGGCUGCACCAAUACCCAAAACGGUAACACCCGCAGCAGAAACACCAACACCACAGCGAAAUGUACCGCUGCCAAGAACGCACAGAAUCACAGAGCCCAGGGUCGCGCCGCUGCCAAAGACACGAGAAUUUCCUUUGCCGCCUAAAACGCGGAGGGUUGCGCCGCUGGCAGAAGCCCACAGUCAAAGGGUUGAUGUCUGGGCCAGGGCGGACGACCAGACUAUUCUAGCCGCCGCAUAUGACCCAGAAUCUCAGGCGAAAAAAACUCUUCUAGAGGUUCUGUCUCACGCAGGCGUUGAUAAUCAUGUAAACAGUGUGCGUCUUGAUAAGUUUCUUCGUGACGUUCGGCACCAUGAUCAGCAGCAUGAACUACGGGAUCUCCAACAGAAUCAGCCGCAAAACAAGCCAUCCGCCGUGGAAAGGCAAAGUCAGCAGCACCCGGAGAAUCACGCACGUUUCCAGAACGUGCAACCACAGACGUCUCCGCUGCUGGGUUUCGAUUCGUCUUUUAAAGCUGCGGCCCCAGCCCCAGAACUAUCAAGCCGGUCUGCCAAUCAAAACCAUACCGAAAACAAAUGGAUACUAGUCGUUGACUCUGCAAAUGGAGCACGAUCAAUAGCAGCGCAGUACUACUUGGAAGUCAUCCGCAAGAUGACAAUGAGGUCCCACAAGCGAUGGCUGUUCAGGCGCGUAGAGUCCGCAUCGUAUCAACCGAUAUCAGAUCAAGUGGAUACAGAACCCAGUGCUGCCAUCAUGACCGCGGCAGCUCGUGACAACUAUCUUUGCUCCGGCACUUUCAACAUUGUUCCUAAGGAUGAAGUGGCGGCCAUACGCCUUCGCAUAUCAAACCGCGAAUCCAAGUUCGUCAAGGAUGAGGAUUUGCACCGCUUCCACCACAUCAUCUGCUUUACCCGCGAGGCCAAAAUCAACCUCGCGAUCCGUCUGAGACGGCUGUGCAGGGACGUGUGGAUGAAUAAAAUACACUACCUUCAAGGUUGCGAAGGGUACUCGGACACGGUCAGCACGCCCGACGCACCGUGGGAUCGCCUCAGUGUCGAUGUCAGCUCCGCGCUGGCGCCGUUCUUGCUUUCCGUGCUUGGUCGGCAACCCACGUUUCAUGAGCCCAUCCAAGACUGGUGGAGGACCGUGGAAGUUCAAACCAGCGGGGUGGUGUUGACGGCGGAGCAGAUGGUGCGGUGGGAGCACAUAUGGAGUGAGAAGCAGUGCAAGAUGCAUUACCUGACUUAUUUAAACGCACAUCUUUUCUUUGUGUCUGGGCCUCCAGAUAAAGUUACAGCCUCCCAGGUUAAAAAGGAGCUUGAAGCGGUUCAGACUACAAUAGGGAUGACAUUCGAUUGA